AUGACUAUCACCUUGUCCAACACCAUCACCAUUAUCAUCAACAUCACCAUCACCAACAUCAUCAACAUCACCACCACCAUAAUCAUCACCAUCAUCAUCACUGCCACCUUAUCCAGCAACAUCACCAUCAACAACGCCAUCACAAUCGCCGUAUCCAACACCAUCACGAUCACCAUCAACAUCAUCAUCACCAUCACCAUCACUAUCACCAUCACCAUCACCAUUACCAUCACCAUCAACUUAUCCACAGCCAUCAUCAUCAUCAUCAUCAUCAUCACCAUCACUAUCACCUUAUCCAACACCAUCAUCAUCAAACUCGCCAUCACUACCACCAUAACUAUCACCAUCACCAUCACUAUCAUCUCAUCCAACAUAAUCACCAACAAGAUCACCAUCAAAAUCACCACCACCAUCACCAUCACCGUCACCAUCACCUUAUCCACAGCCAUCAUCAUCAUCAUCGCCAUCACCAUCACUUUCACCUUAUCCGACACCAUCAUCAUCAAACUCGCCAUCACUACCACCAUAACUAUCACCAUCACCAUCACUAUCAUCUUAUCCAACACCAUCAUCAUCAAGAUCACCAUCACCAUCACAACAACCAUCACCCUCGCCAUCGCCCUCAUCAUCACCAUCACCAUCGCUAUCAAGAUCCCCAACAGCAUCAACAUCACCAUCACCACCACCAUUACCAUCACCAUCACCAUCACUAUCAGCUUAUCCAACACCAUCAACAUCACUCUCACCAUCAACUUCACCUUAUCCAACGUCAUCACAAUCAUCUUCAACAUCACAAUCACCUAA